UCUCUCCUGUGUACUUCCUAAUACUGGGUCAAUCUGUUCUUGCGUGGGUGUUUUACGUGGUCUAGCGCUUACUAGAAGACUGAUAACUGGCCAAGGUCAAAAUAGAACCAUUGAUCGAUUCUAUCGUUGUCUGAAUUUUAGACAAUGAUGGUCAAAUCUUGAUAUUUGAGAGGACUGGCAUACUUACGAUUGGUUCCUAAACGCCUUACUUACGUAACUCACUGGUUAAUGGGGAAUAGUGGAAGCGCAAAGACCAAUACCUUAGAGGACCUAGGAGCCAAGAUUUACGAUGUGGUGUUCGAGAUUUACCCGAAUGAAGCAGAUAAGAUCACCGGUAUGCUACUAGAUGGGGGUGAAGAGGAGACAGCAAGUCUGCUAUCAGACGAGAAGAGAUUAAACGAGAGGAUUAUAGCUGCUGCUUCGCUACUGGGUGAUAAGAACUCACAGAGGACACCAGAUCUACAGAGUCUAGGCGACAGAGUGUAUGGCACCGUUCAGCAAUUGUAUCCAACACUUGCCGAAAGAGUGACGGGAAUGUUACUGGAAAUGCCUGCUGAUCAGCUGAUACACUUACUGGAUUCCAGGGAGGGGCUACUGGAACAUAUACACACCGCAGCACAUGUUCUGAUGGAGAGUAAACGGCAGGAGAGUAUACAAGGCAAAGAUACUGAAGACAAAAAAGUAGAUAAUGCUUCCGUUGAUGAAAAUGGAGCACCUUUAAGUUAUAAUAUUGAAAAAGACAAAACUGAAGAUCUAAAAAGUAUGAUUGGUGAAAACAUUUACAGCCAACUUGUAGAAAAGUACCCAAAAGAUGCAGACAAAAUCACAGGGAUGCUGUUGGAAAUGGAACUGGAUCUGCUUCAAAAAGUCAGCCAGGAUCCAGAUCUACUUGGCCAAAGAGCAACAGAGGCAGUCGAAACACUCCACCAGAUGAGCAAACAACAGGGAUGUGGAGAUGAAAACUUGUCAUGUACAGGAACACAAAAUAAAAGCAUUCUCAACACAUUGGAGAGUGAUGCUGAAGUUUGUAUAAAAAGCUCAUUUGAUGAGACUGAAAUUAGAACAGCAAUUGAGGGGCUUUCAGAGCCAGAACAAAAAGAAUUUAUAGGUGAAAAGAUACAUGACAAAAUCCGGAAAUUGCACCCUGGACAUGCUGAUGUUAUUACUGGUAUGUUACUGGAAAUGGGAGUUGACCAGUUACUGAACACAAUCUUAAACCCUGCCUUAUUCAGUGACAUGGUACAACAGUCAUACUCUUCUUUGACAUAGACCGUCAAACUCUUUGUAGACUUUCCAGGACUCCUUGGCAAAGAUCUCAAAAUCCUGAAAAUCUAUUCCCAGUCUAGGACAUAUGUUGUAAUUUAGGGAUCCAUAUUCAUGCUUAAAAGAAAAAUAUAAUAUAUUAAUACA